AUCCAAAUCUCUCGACGGCCCUCAGCGACCCUCGACGACGCUCGCUCGUUGACAUCCGCAGUUUUGCGGCAACAGACGCUCGUUUUUCUCCUUUUCUCCUUCUCUCGCUUUUUCAGCAGCCGCCAUGACGAUCCGCAUCCUCGUCAACGCUGCGCUGCUGGCCAUCCCCAUCGCCGUCACUUUGGGCAUCUUGUUCGGCCUCCAAUCCCACCGAGCAGCAACCGGACAGCCGCCUCUGUUUGCGCCUGAACCGCCCCCGAUUCCAUCGCCCAAACCGCCAGCACCUCCCAAGAAUGGCAUCACCAAAACGAGAUACUGCCAGAAGUCUUUCGGAAUCACGCCCGACACCAAGGGCCAGCAAUAUACCUUGAACCCCAAUCAGUGGAAUUGGAAUCCGGGUGAACCAGGAGCGCUGUGUGUAAAUGUCACUACGUUUAACAACGGCACAUAUGCCACAAGCACCACUGCUCCCCAGUUUAUGAUUUCUUGGCAAUACCCUCCUGGACCGGCGGAUGAUCCAGUCCAUGCUUUCCCCAACAUCCAGGUCGACAGCGGUGUAUUCCCUGCAACCAUUAGCAGCAUAUCCAAGGUCGAUGUAGAUCUCGAAUGGUCUUAUGGUAUCGGCAAUGAGACCACUGUUGCCGCAAGUCUUGCGGAUCUCCAGGCCGAUAACCUCAACACCAACGUCGCCAUCGACAUGUUUAUUGAUAGCGACAAGCAAGCCGCUCAGAACCCUUCAAAGGCCAAGUACGAACUCAUGGUUUGGUUUGCUGCCAUCGGCCCAGCUACUCAACCCAUCGGCUUCGCCCAGGGCCCUGUUUCCACUCAGACGCUAGACGGCAACCAAUUCAAUCUUUACACUGGUGUCAACCAACAGCAGCAAAACGUCUUAACAUGGUACACGAAUACGCCAGUGGAGAAAUUCAACGGAGACAUUUCUCCUCUCAUCAACAGCCUGUUCAAGCUCACCGCUACCGACCUUCCAAAGUCUGGCGACUACCUGGGAUACCUGGCUCUGGGCUCCGAGGCCUUUUCCGUGGACAAAACCGUCACCCUUUACGUGCCAAAACUAUCGAUAGAUAUAGAAGCAGCUACAUCAAGUAGCACCUAAUAAUAUAGCGACUUGAUUUUUUUUUU